UGCUGCCAGACCACAGACAGUUCAGAAAGGUUUCUUGUUCUGGAUUUGAAGAAACCGAGUAAUUUUCUGGCUCUGGUUCAGCUUUAAACAGAAUUAAUUUCAUCAGUAUUUCAGUCCGUCAGACCAGUGCUUCAGCAAUGCAUGUCUUUAUUUCCGUGAUGUUUUCACUGCUAGUCAUUACUGGGCUGCAGGUGAGCGUUGAGUCUGAGCAAGGCAGCAACAGACCUUACAUCUCUGAGCUGACCGUGACGAAGGGAGCGAGUUGGGGGACAUGGGGUCAGAAGGACAUGUGUCCAAUUGGAACCUAUGCUGCAGGAUUCAGUUUAACGGUGGAAUAUCGUACUCCAGGGGAUGACACCGCACUCAACGGGAUUCGCCUUCACUGCUCUGUGCCGUCUAGCACCACCUCAAGCUCGUAUAGUGCCACAGUUCAGUCAUCUGUAGGCCGCUGGGGUGUGUUGACAUCUAAGCAAUUUUGUCCUUCUGGAUUCUUGACUGGAUUUCAGCUGAGAGUCGAAAGCUAUCAAGGACGUGGUGACGAUACGGCCGCAAACAACAUCAAUUUCAGAUGCAGUGACGGGCGUGUUUUAGAGGGUCACGGCGAAGAAUGGGGCACUUGGGGAGACUGGAGUAAAACAUGUGAAGGAAAAGGGAUCUGUGGUCUCCAGACACUGGUAGAAGCGCCACAAGGAACCGGAGACGACACCGCUCUCAAUAACGUGCGCAUGUACUGCUGCGCUUAAGGUGUUCGAGGACAACAAGAACAGAAAGAUCAGAUGGCUCAUAAUUAAUCAGCGUACUGUUAUGAGCUCACAUUAACCAUGUCAUAUAAAAGCCAGUCACAAAAUAAAGCCUGAGAUGUGAUCAGGACCUCAACACCGAGCAGAGGCUGACUGUACGUCUCACUGUGUCACUUCACCAUCCUGAACUCCCAUGAGUUAUGUCCCAACAUCUAUUAAAAUACUAAUUUGACUUGAAAUGA